UUUAAAUAUUCAGGGAAAACUUUAAGCGCCUAGGCCGCUGAUUGCUUGCUCUGUACUGAAGAGGUUGGAUUGGAGCUGGUUGUAGUUCGGUAUCUUAGAGAAGGUUUCAGUUUGCGCAAUGCCAGAAACUGUUGCUGUGAAAAGUCCGAAAGAUGGUCAACAAGAGGAACAAGAGUUGGCCUCCAAAGCCCUUCGUAUACAAAAUAAACGAUUUUACUUGGAUAUCAAGCAAAACAAAAGAGGUCGUUUUGUAAAAAUAACUGAAGUCGGCAAUGGAGGACAGAAAUCGCGCAUCUUAAUGUCAAUGCCUGUUGCUCUGGAAAUGAAAGAAAAAAUUAACAAACUUAGUGACACGUAUAGCCAACUUCCAUCUCAUAAUCGCGAGUCACUCGCACAAGAUGGUCGCAUUGCGUCUGACAUUAUUGUUCGUGAUAGCAGGCGCUAUUAUCUUGAUCUCAAAGAAAAUGAACGUGGUCGUUUCUUACGUCUUGCUAUGCUUUCUAUGGGUGCUCGCGUUCAGAUUGCGAUCCCAGCUCAGGGCAUGAUCGAAUUGCGCAAUGCAUUGACUGAUCUCAUACAGGGAUAUUCAGGAGAUAUGGAGAAUGAUAUAUUUGCAGAUUUACCUGAAUCUAAAGUACUCUUCGUAGGCAACAAAACAUUUUAUUUCGAUGUUGGUUCAAAUAGAUUUGGUGUAUUUCUGCGUAUAUCCGAAGUUCGUGCUAACAUCCGUUCCUCGGUCACCAUACCUGAACAACACUGUACACGAUUCUGUGAUAUCAUUACUGAGUUGGCAAACAAAAUGUCAAAUCAGAAGUUGACUAACGGAGUGUCUGAGAAUGGAAAUACUUCUGACCAGCAAGAAGAAAAAGCUGAAAAUGAUAUGAAAGAAAAUACGAAUGAGAAUUCGUCGGCCGCAUCUUAAUAUUUUCUCAAAAAUGCAUUGUAGCAUUUAUUGUGAUGUGUGUUCUGGUCUUACAAGUGUUAUAUUUUAUCUCCCUUUUAUGAUCACCCAAUUAAGGUGGACCAUUUUAUAUAAUAAUUGUUUUAUUUUUUUUUGAUGUACACUAGUUUGUUUUUUGUUUAGAUAUACGCACAUUAAUUUGCAUUUCUUUGACUUUUUUGCGCAUGUGCUUAAUAGUCAUAUGUAUUAUUUAAAUUUGUGUGACUUAUCCUUUACAUUAUACAUAAUAUAUUUAUUUUUUUCUGCAGUUGAUAUAAUGUCAGCAGCUUCUGUGUGACUAUAAAAUAUAUGAUAUAAUAAAAUUCA